AUGGACAUCCCUACGAUCUCAUCUGAGACAAUGAUGCAUGCCUUCACUCAGGGCCUAAUCGACAGGGAUUUCUUCCACUCGCUCAUCAGAAAACCACCUCGCGACUACGAUAAUAUACUGAAGAAGGCCAGCGAAUAUAUCAAUGUAGAGGAAGCCCAGACGGCUAGGAAGAAAGAAGCGUCGUCCGAGCCCUUGUCUUCAGCCGAGCGACGUUCGAUGGUUAGCCAUCAGCCACCAAGAGGACCCCGCGCUGAGGGAACGCGCUCUCAUCAGGAAACAAGGCCGCACGCUGUCCAACAUGUGGCGGUCGAUCGACCCAAGCAAAAAGAAAAGGUAUGGACUCCAAUGUUUUGUUCGCUUCACCAGUCAGCAACUCACAACACCCGUGAUUGUCGGAGUCUCGGCCUGAUUGCUCACCCGCCGCCGAGAAGUUAUCGACGCCGAUCACCUUCGCCUGAUCGAUGCCAUCGACACCAGAGUACCGGGCGACGAGUGACUAGGGAGUCCCCCGAACGGCAACAUCAUCAUCAGCCGAGGGUCAAUCCCGGAGUCUCGCAGGAGCGAAUGAAACCGUCCGCUCGGGAGGAAGAAAACAGGAGCAACACUGCUCGGGGGCGAGAUCAAAAAUCGCACGCUCGGCAACUAAGGAUUCAUGAAGUAGGCUGCAGUCAGGAGCGAGCACAGGGCCCCAAGAUCAGCUUUGGGCCCAUAGACCUGGAAGGAGUUGAAGUGUCGUACGACGACGCACUCAUCAUCCAAGCGAAGACGUUUGAUCAACUGCAAAUCAACGGGGCUGAACUGCUGCCCAUGACAACCCCGCUGUAUGGAUUUACUAGCAAUGAGGUUCUGCCGGUCGGGCAAACUAGGUUGGCCAUCUCGCUAGGAGAGGAGCUGCUUCAAAGGACGCGGACCACUAAUUUCAUCGUGGUCGAUGCCCCCUCCGCCUACAACGUGAUACUGGGACGACCGACUCUCAACAAGUUCCGGGCGGUCGUCUUAACUUUCUGUCAGAAGAUCAAAUUUCCCGUGGAGGAUAAGGUGGGAGAAGUCCGCUGA